AUGGAAGUUGACGACGGUUCUGGAAACGCGCUCGCUGCAUGUCCGAGGGAUUUUGUCAAGCAGAUGAGUUUCGUUAUGGACGAGCGUGGUUCCCAGGCGCAUCCCAGGCAGUCUGUUACGAGGGUGUCCACUAAAAGCAGAGCCCCAUCUCCGCCUGGCCUGGACAAGCUGAAUUCCCCAGAACUGGCCCCGUGGUUCCCGGGCAACCCCCCAGCCCUCACCAUGGACCACAAGGAGAACCUCAUGGACAAAGAACUCUCCCUCACGGUGGUUCUGCCCGGAGGCGCGGAAAAGAUGACGACGGUUCACGGCAGCAAACCCCUUAUGGACCUAUUAGUGACACUAUGUGCAAAAUACCACCUGAAUCCUUCUGGACACACACUGGAACUGGUCACCACCAAUCGGAACAACAUCAAACUCAAACCCAACGCACUCAUAGGGACUCUAGACGCAGAGAAGAUCAUAAUUAAAUCUAAAAGUGAAGACAAAAACAAGAAGACGAGUCCCCAGAUGCCCGAGGCAACUGUCCGCAUGGUAAUAAACUAUAAGCAGACUCAAAAAACCAUACUAAGAGUGAGUCCGCGCGUCCCGCUGGCCGAGCUCCUGCCGGCCAUCUGCGAAAAAUGUGAAUUUGAAGUGGAGAGCACAGUUCUGCUGAAAGAUGUCAAGUCACUGGCCCCUCUGGACCUGUCUGCGUCUCUUAAUGAUUAUGCAAUAAGAGAGGUCUACGCAAGAGAUACACAAGUGCCGGGCUCUCCAGUGUGUCCCUCCUCACCCGACUAUCCAGGAUUAGUCACGCCAGGCAAAGAUAAAAAUCAAAAAGAGGUAGAAAAUAAAGGCCUCUUCAGCAUGUUUCGGAGGAGCAAGAAGAGCAAACCGGAAAAGGCCACUACCGCCAGCGCCCCGUCCUCCCCAGUGCUGCCCCAGAGCCGACCACGUCCUCACAGCAUGGCCUUACCCAGCAGCCACUCCUCUCCGUUUGGGACGGACGUGCCCAAGAAGAGGCGAGCCCCCCAGCCCCCCAUCCUGGUGUCCCAGCAGAGCUGUCCCACUGACUUCAGCCCCCGACAGCGGCUCUACUCUGAACCUUGUACCAGGCUCAACAGCACUGAUCAGACGCCUGUUUUAAGUCGUGGAUCUUCAACUGAGUCUUCGCUGAAAAGAACCAAGAGGAAAGCUCCUCCACCGCCCGCCUCCCCAAGUGUAGCAGCACCUGAACCACUUUCUCCAGACGAUCUGCAAGGCAUUGCACCUGCUAUCACGCUGGAAGAGAUAAAGGAGCAAGAAGAAAUCAACUCCCCUGCGAUGUUUACUGCUACCAGUGCUGUCCAGGACCAGACAACUACCCACAAUGCAUCUGAUCCAGUGGACACCGUGCCCAUCCAGACUGCAGUCGACGUGUCCAUAAAGGAAAACGGGGACCUGUCCACAGAAAAUAACGGCCAAAUGCAUAGUGAGGUGAACGAUUCGACGACCCCUUUGGUGAUGGAAAAAGUGGACGUUGAAGAUUUGACUGAACUUGCAGACACAAGUGAGCCUUCUACUUGCGAAGAAGGCCCCUGUAAUGGCAGCACAGUGGACAGCGACACUCUCCCCAGCCCUGCCCGCCUCCGGGAUGCAGAGACCCAGGCCUCCCCCUCUCCUCCACCUCCCCUUUGCAUGGACUCUACAGCCCCUGCAGAGGGCACUGACUGUGGGGAAACAAGCCUCCACACUGUGACUCAGACCACCGCAGAGGACGCACAAGUUCAAACAGACUCACUCCCACCUACUGCCCAGCGAGUGGACAUUGCACCUGAAAAAAGCUCUCCUCCGGUUUUAUCUGAAUCAGGAAAAAAAGACAUGGCUACGCUGACUGAUGACCUGGAAGUGACUUUAAACUUGGAUGUGCCGUCUUCUCCGGCAAAGUUACCCCCCUCUGAACCCGAAUUGAAACCCAAAGCGUCCAACGAACUCACGCGAGACUACAUUCCCAAAGUAGGAAUGACCACGUACACCAUUGUGCCUCAGAAAACGCUCGACAAGUUGAGGUUUGCCCAGGCCGUGUCCUCAGCAGUGAAGAAGCAGUCGAGUUCCCCAAGCUCCCCCAGAUCACCGUGCCUGUCUCCUUCUUUCUCCCCUGUGCGAUCCCCGUCCUUCUCUCCAGUAAAAAAAGAGUCACCAAGUCUGGAACCAAAUGAAAGGGUGGAUGCGAUAGAGGAGCGCACAGAAAAGAUUUCCACAAUAGGACCUGCACCACACACGCCUGAGUUCAGUGAAAUUGUGGAAGUCGAAGAAGAGACCCAUGUAUAG